AUGGCAUCGAUCCGCAUCGAUAUCGAGCGUAUUAUCUCGUCUGUAGACCCUCGCAUAUACUCUGGCUUCAUUGAGCAUAUGGGACGAUGCAUCUACGGCGGAAUCUACGAACCCGACAACCAGUACGGUCUUUCCGAUCCCAAGACAGGCUUCAGAAACGACGUUUUGGCCGUGUUAAAGGACCUCAAGAUUCCCAUCGUUAGGUAUCCCGGAGGGAACUUUGUGAGCAGUUACCGAUGGCAAGAUGGCAUUGGACCAAAGGAGCUGAGACCGCGUCGCCCGGAACUGGCGUGGUUGUCGGAAGAGAGCAAUUUCUUUGGAACUGACGAGUUCAUUGAUUUCUGUCGUGAGCUGGGAACAGAGCCCUUUAUCUGCCUCAAUAUGGGAACAGGGACAUUGCAGGAUGCCCUAGCAUGGCUCGAAUACUGUAACAGCUCGGCUAACACUUACUACGCUAAUCUAAGGCGCAAGAAUGGCCAUGAUGAACCUCACAAUGUGAAAUACUGGGCGCUCGGCAACGAGGUCUGGGGUCCAUGGCAAAUCGGUCAGCAAGAAUCACAAGACUAUGCCAAGAAAGCGUACCAGUGGGCAAAGGCCCUCAAACUUCUGGAUCCUUCCGUCAAACUCGUCUCUUGCGGCGAAACCGGAUACGCUGACUGGGAUCGUGUGAUCCUCCGCAAGUUGGCCUCUGUGGUUGAUUUCCAUUCCAUACAUAUAUACACCGUCAGCGAAGGCAAGCAUGCGGUUAAUGUGAUUGGUCCUGCAGCUGCAGAGAAAGCGCUAGAUAUCACUCGUUCUCUCAUCGAUCUUGCUAAGAUCGAGGCAGGGUUAGAGAAAGACCUAACUGUUUGCUUUGACGAAUGGAACAAAGGCGCCGAAGAGCAUUAUGACCUUUCUGAUGCCAUCGCUGUUGCAUCAUGGUUGAAUGUAUUCGUCCGGAAAGCGGAUAUUGUGAAGAUUGCAUGUAUCGCACAGUCUGUCAAUGUCAUUUCUCCCAUCAUCACGUCUUCGCAAGGGCUCUUCAAGCAGACGACAUACUAUCCACUUCACCUGUUUACCAAUCUCAUGCGGGGAGCUUCUCUCGCGGUGCAUGUAAACUCGCCCGUAUACAAUGGUCCCACCGUUCCUACAUGGAUCAAGCAACUAGACACCCACACACCCAAUGCGUUCAAGUUGACCAAGUACAUCGAUGUCAGUGCUGUGUAUGUGGAAGAGAGCAAAGAGGUUCGGAUCGCGGUGGUCAACCGGCAUCAGAGUGAAGACUUUACGGUGCCGAUUAUCUUUGCGCAGCCAGUAGGGGAGAAGACGGUAAAGGUUUAUGAAGUCUGGAGCCCGCAGUUAGGCGAUAAGAAUGGAUUUGAGGGUGAGAAGGUUAGCACCGUUCAGAAGGAGGUGGAUUGGGAGGGUAGCUAUGUUUUGAAGAGGCAUUCGUUCCAAGGUAGGAUCAUGGAAUUGGUCUGA